GCCUGCUUCCCGUGUAUGUUUCGCCUGUUAGCUCAAUGUACUCAAACUAAAAAUGCCGCUGAGGGUAAGAUCUGGGAACGAACCUAAGGAAACCAUGAAACAAAUAGCUGUAUGGAGCAGGACGCGAGCAGCGCUGGGUGAGCUGGAAACUGAGCUGAGGUGCUCCGGAUGUUCCUCACUACUGAAUAAGCCUGUAUGCCUAGGAGGUUGUGAACAUGUAUUUUGCAGGAUGUGUGUUGGUGAGAGUAUUGGGAGUGAGUGCCCUUUGUGUCACACACCGGCUUGGGUGCAAGAUGUGCAGAUAAACAGGCAGUUGGAAAAUAUGAUCCAGCUUUGCAGCAAACUGAGGAACUUGCUGGAUAAGGACAAGUCUAGUGAAAACAAAAUGGAUUUAUGUCAAGAUAUAUCUCAGAAAUUAAAUUCUACUCAAGAAAGUGAAUGUAAAAAGAAGCAGAUAAAGAUGUGGUUCAGCCCCAGGAGCGGAAAAAUGAGGUGUGUCCUUGAAAAAGGAGCUAAGAAUAAGCAACCUGCAUCUAACACUGGAAUGUCAUCUUAUGACUUUGUAUCUUCUUCACCAAAUGAAGAGCCAGUAAAAAAGAAAGUUUUCUCCAAGCCUAAGAAAACGAAUAAAAAGCAGCUGGAUGAAAUCAACCAAGAAUGGGGUAUUGGGAAGCAGGAACAGAGUAUUAGUGACGCCAAAGUUGGCAGUGCAACAAAAAACAAUAGGUCAGUGUCCUUCAGCAGCCCACCAGCUGAUCUGCAAAGUCCUGAGACUUUGCAGGAAUCUGGACCUACAUGUAUUCAAACAGUUGAAAAAGACAAAGACCAACAUUUAUGUGUAUUGGUUGGAGCUAUUGAAAAACAUUCUGAAAUUGUGAAAAAUGUCACCAGCCAAAGUGAAAAAAUACAGAAGACUGCUUCUGAAGGACAAAUGAAAGCGAUCAAAAAAACAUCUAAAAAAUGUAAAGGUCACCAGCCUUUGUCAUCGGCUGUUUCAAAACGUCCAAGGAAAUUAAGGAACAGUGUAACCGAUUCUUCCUCUACAGAGGAAAAUGCUAGUUCCUUUUCAGUAAUUCAAUCCUCGAGAAAAUCAUUACAAUCUUGUGAAUGUCCUGUAGUGGGAAAGGAAACUAAUAAAAGAACAGAGGUGGCCCUUUCUCGUUCAAACUCUUUAUGCUCACCUGUUUCUAGUAAUAAAUCCGGGACUGCAGCAGGACAGAACACUACUUUUCUGCAGACAUCCCCAAGUAACCCCAAUACAAAGAGAAACCAUAGAGGUGAGACAAUGCUGCAUCUGGCAUCAAUAAAGGGAGAUUUACAAGCAGUGGAUGAGCUUCUGAAGGGUGGAGCCAAUCCUAAUGUGAAGGACCAUGCUGGCUGGACUCCACUACAUGAAGCUUGCAACCACGGACACUCGAAGUUGUUUGAGUUACUGCUUCAACACCAGGCGCUUGUGAAUACUGCAGGCUACCAGAAUGAUACACCUCUUCAUGAUGCUGCUAAGAAUGGACACACAGCAAUUGUCCAGUUGCUGCUAUCGCCAUGGAGCAUCACUGAUGCAGUUAAUAUAUUCGGUCUGCGGCCUGUAGACUAUGCAGAAACAGAAGAGAUAAAGUCGGUUUUGCUGAAAACACAGACGAAUAAGGAGGCACUUUUGCAGCAGCCAUGCUCUUUGAGCCAAUGCCAGCGCAGAGAAGGAACUGUUGUAAUGAUAGCCAGUGGCCUGUCUGGUUCUCAUAGGAGUGAUCUGAGCAAGCUUGCUGCAAUACUCAAAGCAGAGCUAUGCACUGAGUACAACAGUGCAGUUACCCAUGUCAUUGUUGGUGAGGAGUCUGCCCUUCGUACCAUGAAAUGCAUGAUGGGUACAUUAGCUGGAUGCUGGAUACUGAGAUUUUCAUGGGCGAAGGCCUGCUUGCAGUCUCAUGAAAGAGAAGCGGAGGAACCAUAUGAGAUACCCAAUGGACCUCACAAAGCCCGGCUCCACCGUGAACAACUGCUGCCAAGGCUGUUCGACGGAUGUCAUUUCUAUUUUCUGGGCUUCUUUAAGGAACACCGCAAAGAGGACUUGGCUGAGCUGGUGAAAGCUGCUGGUGGCCAAAUCCUGAUUCGGCAACCAAAACCAGACAGUGAUGUGACUCAGACCAUUAACACAGUGGCUUACCAUGCUGAAGCAGAUUCCGACCAGAGAUUUUGCACACAAUACAUUAUCUAUGACAAGGCUUCAAAAUACCAGCCUGGGAAAGUGCGCCAGGGCAAAGUAUGGGUAGCCCCCUCCAGCUGGCUGAUAGAAUGCAUCAUCUGCUUCCAGCUGUUACCUGUGGAACAGUAAUGCUGUGAUGAGGAGACUAAAAUACAAACAUUUCUUUGUUAAUGUAGGUGAAAGAGCAGGGUUUGACAAUUCAGUAAAAACUGGAGGAAGAAAGUCCAAAAUAUCUUAAACUUACUACCUUUUUGUUACUUUAGUGGCUUCUCUGUCUGAAAUGAUUGUGAUUGGAGAGUAUGUUGCCUUGGAAAGCCCUCAAAUCUUCCUAAAAUAUUCUUCUAAAAUUAGUUGUAAUGCUCAUAUAUUAUUCUUAUUGCUCAUAUAUCAUUGCUUAUCUGUCCCUCACACACACACAUUUAUAAUGUUCUGAUUUAUUGGUACAUCUUAGAUUUAGAUAUUUUUUUCUGUGCUUGAGCAGUUUUUUUCUAUAACUUUCACUACUUAUUCAGUUGUAUGAGUUGUUUCUGUUUUUACUGAUAUCAGGGAUUUCUUACAAAUAUUCAUAUUGUUUUUUUCUCUGAGUAUGCAGAGAAAAAGAACUUUUAUUCUUAAAGAAGUGGUGCACUCAAAGUACUUCGUUAUUGAUAUUGAGUGCUAACAGCCACUAAGAAACAUGUAACAGUUUAAAAAAAAGGAACCUAAAUCUAUAUUAUAAGGAUUCAAAGAGUGGCAAGGCUACACCGCAAAAACAUAAUUACUAUGACACUGCUGGAUUAACCAUUAUUAAUUGAUUUAUUAUAUAUAUAUUAAAAGCCAAAAACUUUAGGCAAAUGUGAAUUAACCGUACGCUCUGUGUGACCGGUAAGAGAGUUCAAGCCAAACCGCACUGGCCACUUGGUGUACUUCACUCUCCAGUGAGAGAAAACCAGGCAUUUAAUGUCUAAUAGCACACACCGGUAAGUGGCAACUUGCAAGUCAGAUUUUGAAUGCUUACGUGGUAUACAUUAGAUUUUGCUCUCAGCCACGAUUACCAUCUUAC